ACUUAAUUAUCUAGCCAGCUAGACCGGCCUGAAUGAUGAUUUUGUUAGCACAUGUUUGUCGUUUUUGAGUUUGCAAAGAAUUCUUCCUCAGUUUGAUUCCAAGAAUUCUUCUCCCUAAAAAAUGCUUAGUUUUUUUUUUGUCUCCAUAUUAAUUUUUAUUACACUUAAUCACUGCCACUGCGUAUUCUCUGCAGUCCAAGUUAAUUAAUUAAUCCCGAGAAAAAUAACAUAUUUUUGGCGUCCCCGUGACUGUCCAACCCAAUCGCUAUUGAAAAAGAUAAUUACAUUUAUAUUUAUCCAAAUUCGUGCCAGUGAGGAGCAGCUAACUGCAUGCAUUGCUGUGUUUUAACCUAUUAUUUGGAUUCCUCAUAUUUAUCAUCUUUGCUACAGACAUAUGUAUAUGUACACUAAAGAAGGACACCUCAAUCACAUGUGACCUUUUUUUAUAUUUUAAUAAUAAACUACUAUGGUAAAUUUGUGGAAUGCAUGCAAUGCAGGCGGGACAGUUUCAUCACCCACCGGGCAUUCUGCGACGCACUGGCUCAAGAGAGCGCCAGAAACCCCACACCCUCCCACUUCUUCACCGGCGCCGCCAACAACAUGACCCUAGGCAUUUCCUCCUCCACCGCAGCCGACAUCCUCCGCCUCGGCGGAUCCACUGGACAGUUCGACCACCUCCUCCCUCCUCCUCCUUCCCUCGGCGCCGCCGGAGGAGGAUCAUCGACAACCACAGCCACCUCGCAGCAGCAGUUCCGAAACCAGCCCCACUUGUCACCUUCCUCCGCCGCUUUCUUCAUGCCACAACAAGACACCUCCGACCACCACCAAAGCAGCUACCACCAGCCAUUCCACCAUGCCCUAAUGCAACAGUUUUCGUCGGAUCCCAACAACGCGGGCGGCGCAGCCGCCAACCAGCUCUUCAACCUAGGGUUCGACAGCACCACCACCAACAACAACAACAGCAACAUGACUCUCUUCGCCAAUAAUAACAACCACAGCGGCGGCGAUCAUCAGCACCAGAUGAUGAUGAUGGGAUCGUCCACCGGCGGCAGCGUCCCUCUCUUCAGCUCCUCCGUCCACCAGCAGCAGAUGAACAACAUGGUGGCUCACAUGUCGGCGACGGCGCUGCUCCAGAAGGCGGCGCAGAUGGGGUCCACCACCAGCUCCAACCCCAACGCCACCACCAGCGCGUCGCUUCUCAGAAGCGCCUUCGCCGCCGGCCCCAACAACAACAACAACCAAAAAUCAUCAUCCGGCGAAAAGCAACCGAGUCUCGGGACCUUCGGCGGGUCGUUCUUCGGCGACGUGGACACGGACAACGGCAGCAGCAACAAUCUCCACGACCUCAUGAACUCCUUCACCGCGGCCGCCAACAACAACAAUAACAAUAACGGUAGUAGUAGUAGUAGUAACAACAAGAAGCUGACGAGGGAUUUCCUGGGAGUUGGACACGUGGCGGCGGCGGUCAGAGGCAUCGCCACCACCAUCUCGCAGCAGCAGCAGCAAGUAGGGGCGGCGUUGGAGAGAAGCUCGUCGUUGGAUUCGGAGAGGAACAAUAAUAACAGCAUGGGGAGUCACUCGUCUUUCGGGGGAAACCCUAGCUUUCAAUGAAAUCAUGAAAGUCAACCAUGCACACCACUUACUACUACUAGGGAAUUGGAAAAGCAGUAUGGUGAUUGAUGAUGACGAUGAUGAUCACCAUGUUGGCGCAAAAAGGACUCGAGGUACGUCGAAGAAUUCGAAAAAAGCUAGCUAGCUCGUUGCUGUAAUAAUUCUCUUUUUUUAACUUUUAUUUCCACAUAUAUGCGUUAGAGUAGUGUUGUUCUUUUGCUUUUUUACUGGUUGGGGGUGGGGGUGACGGUGUAACACUGUGACUGACAAAGAUAGAGUAGUUUUGCACGGUAAGAUGGGUCCACGAGAUGGAGUGGCGAGAUUUUGUGUUGUUUCCCUUGUCUUUAUAUAUCAUUUUCUCUGGUAUUUUAUUUAAGAAUUUUUAAGAAAAGAAAGGAGAAGGCAAUGAUGGUAGUAAUAUGUAUGCGAGGAUGGGAAUAAUAUUAGGCUGGCAAAGGGUAGAGUCACGAGAGUUGGUCCUUAGGAUUGGAUUCCCUUUCGUCCUUCUUCUUCUUCUUCUUCUUGUUCGACCAUGAUAGAAUGUCGUCGACUGUCUCCCCCACCCACUUGCCAUUUCUGCCUUGUUCCGGUAUUUCUUUACUUGAAAUGAUCCAUUCACUAAUCACAUGUGUGUCUAUAGUUGUAUCAGAGAGAGAGUGAUAUAAGAUACAACAUAACUUUUUUCCAAUAACUCGAGUUAUUGUGAUCAACUGGUUCUUGACAUGGUAUCAGUCUAUCAGAGCUGGUUUGACCAAGUGGUCGUGUGUUCGAAUCUCCACGACCCCAAAUAUUAACAGUUGAUUAAAGCACAUGGUAUAGUGAUCGUCUGUGCAAACUUCAAGCUCAUGAUCAGUUGGCUUUCAUUUGAGGGGGCGUGUUAGAGAGUGGUAUAAGAUCGAACAUAACAUUCUCCCAACAACUCGAGUUAUUGGAAUCAACUGGUUUUUGGCAAAGCCAAACUAUUAUCACAAUGACCCACAAACAACUAGUUGGCCAGCUAGCUAACCACCUUGUAUUAGUACUGUCCUUCAUGUAUGUUGUUAAGUGCAAAAACUUGUGAGCUGUAAAAUAAAAUAAAAUAAAUAUAUUAACUAAUUAUUUUUUAAAUGACACGUCAGCUUUUUUACGGCCAAACGUUGGAGUUGACUGCCACCUAGGACAGACUUAACGGAACUAGACGACGAGUGACCAAAUAUGACAUGAACGUGUAGUAUUGGUGGCUAAGUUGAAUGAUUUUUUAUUCGGGUGACUAAAGUGUUAUAAAUGAGUAAUAUGGGUGACCAAAUUUGCAAUUCACCCAUUGAUAUCCCUAGUAAAUGAGACGAAGGGGAAAAGAGUUAUAUGUUAAAAUAAAUGGUAAAUGUGAUAUUUCCACCAAAAAGUUAAUUUAUGUAAGUUAAUCACUAAACUAUUACUCAACAACCAAACAAUGUAAUGUUAAUACAUGUAUUUUAUAUUGUAUUAAUAUAUGUAUUUUAUAUUGUAAUGAUUCUUCAUAAUACAACGAUUUAACAUACGCAACUUCCAAACGACCCCUUAGUUCAUUAAAAUACCAUCAUUUCCAACCUCAUAAUGGAAUCAAGUUACUAAUUUGGCUACUUCAAAGGAAGCUAGGCUUUUGAGGAAUUGGGCAAUGUUGCUUAGAUUACAAGGAUGCUAUUGAGUGUAGUUUUUUUUUUUACAAUAAUUGACAAUAUUGAUGUUAUUUUUCACUAUAUAUAUAUAUAUAUAUAUUGUAAUAUGGAUGGAUUGAUUAAUUCAGUUUGAUUCUAUAUCAUCUAAUCUUUUUUUAUCUUUUAUUUCUUGGGCUGGUACGUCGUAAUAGAUGCCUUGGCUAUCAUCAUCUUGGCCAUUACUGAAUGUAGUUUUUGUCAUCGCUCAUUUUAUAAUACUGGAUAUUUGUAUGUUGCAGGAAAUGGGAUCGACGGAUAAAUGCGAGAAAAUGUCAUGAAGAAUUGAGAAUCUAGUAGGGGUGCAUGGAGGGGAAAUUUUGAUUGAGAUGGAUAGAAAUUAGUUAAUUCUAUGCAUAUGGAUGUUUUUUUCAUUGUGUAAUUAAGUAAACAGAAUUUUUGCAUAUGUUGAUGAGAUGACGAUAUGUCAUAUGUGAAUUAGCAGCGGGGCAGGUGGACUGUAGACAAUAACCGCAGUGAGUUUUGUUACUAAAGGGCAUGUUUGGAAGUUGAGAUUCUCCAAAUAGAUGCAUUUAAUCAAU